AAACCGACGAAUACCCUAGGUUUACUUCAGUCGCUUUUCAACCAGCGAACGAUACAACGUCCUUUGGUACGCGUUUUGGGUCAGGAAUCACCUCAUCAAUAUCAGAAAAUGGUUGCGGAAAAGUACGAUAAGCUCGAACCUGAGCUGAAACAAGAACUCAAAAACAUUGCCCAGCAAAUCGUGGCACCAGGAAAGGGAAUCCUAGCUGCUGAUGAAUCGACAACAACAAUUGGCAAACGUUUAAAGGACAUCAAUGUUGAAAACACUGAAGAAAAUCGUAAAGCAUACAGACAACUUCUUUUCACCUCUGCAAAGGACGUUAUUGGCCAGCACAUCUCCGGUGUCAUCUUGUUCCACGAGACUCUCUACCAGAAAGCCGAUGAUGGAACACCCUUCGUUGAGCUUUUGAAGCAACGUAACAUCCUCCCCGGUAUCAAGGUCGACACGGGUGUCGUGCCACUCUUUGGCACCAACGACGAGUGCACGACCCAAGGUCUCGACGGUCUUCAGGAACGUUGCAUCCAGUACAAAAAGGAUGGAUGCCACUUCGCUAAGUGGCGUUGUGUGUUGAAGAUCAAGAAAGACACCCCGAGCAAACUGGCUAUCUUGGAAAACGCCAAUGUUUUGGCUCGUUACGCUUCCAUCUGCCAGAGUGCCAGGAUCGUACCCAUCGUCGAGCCUGAAAUUUUGCCUGAUGGUGACCACGACCUUGCUCGUUGCCAAGCGGUUACAGAGGAAGUUCUGGCCGCCGUUUACAAGGCACUCAAUGACCAUCAUGUGUACCUUGAGGGAACCCUGCUGAAACCAAACAUGGUUACCCCAGGUCAGAGCUGCCCCAAGAAAGCUACUCCUCAAGAGAUUGCAGCUGCCACAGUGACUGCUUUGUUGCGCACUGUGCCACCUGCAGUACCUGGUAUCACCUUCCUUAGCGGUGGACAAUCUGAGGAGGAGGCAUCUGUGAACUUGGACGCCAUCAACAAGUUCCCAGCCAACAAACCUUGGGCACUGACCUUCAGUUAUGGUCGUGCUCUCCAGGCUUCUGUCCUCCGUGCAUGGGGAGGCAAGAAGGAACAAAUUAAUGCUGGCCAACAAGAACUUAUCAAGAGGGCUAAGGCUAACAGUGAAUCGGCACUUGGCAAGUACGCAGGUGGCGUGACGGGAGCUGCCGGUGAUGCCGCACUUUUCGUCGCAAACCAUGCGUAUUAAAAUUAAUUUCUAGCACAUCGAUAAGGAUUUCCGUUAGACAAUUAGAUCGUUCGUGGAACAUCGCCAACGCCGAUCACCGUUGCUGGCAUGAAAACAUUACCAUCGACAGUGAAGAUGAAAAACGAAUGAAGACUCAAGGCAAUUCGAAACACUUGAAACACUCGAAACACAAUGCAUUCGCACAGUCGCUGUAUAGUUUUACAUUUAACACGAUCAGUGAACGGAAAUCGAUUCAAUUUUAACCUGUCGCGAUAAUUGGCACAUUUCCACGUGAUUUUAAUCAAUCAGAUUUUAAUGCUUUUCAACGUAUACAGUAGCUAAAGAAUGUGUUGUGUUUCAAUGCGAGAUCAAAUCUUAUAUGUACUCAGGAUCAUGAAAUGUCUGCCCGACGUCGUUGACCAUGAUUGACUCCUAAUCAUUUCAAGAAAAGCUAAAUAUGAACGAUUUUUACUCUUCUUGCUUUCUAUUUUUCUCCUGCGCUAUCCAUUUUUCCUUUGACUUUCAUCCUUAUCCCUGUAUUUCGCUAGGAUUAUGUAAAGCGACGAAGAGUGUUUAACGUGUAUCUUCAUCGUGCGUGUCGUUCCAAGCUCGUCGCGAGAACCUCUGACGAGCAAAUAUUGAUAAUGAUUGGGAGAACAUGGUCAACGUGUACUCAUACGAGCCUAAUAGGCGAUAUUAAUCAGGAAGAGAUGCUUUAUUUCAAUCGUGAACAGAUUUCGCGACAUUCGAAUCACGCACGCGUUAUUAUAUUCUGUAAUACUACAAUAAAAAGCAGAUAUAUAUAUUAUAUAUAUUGUCAAUGUCGUUAUUAUAUUCUACGUGUAUAAAAAAAAAGAUACAAGAAAAACAGAAAAAAAAAGAUAAAGUAAAGAUACAUAUUAAAUGUUGUUUGUUAGCGAAUGAGUCGAAUAUUAUGAAGUAAUAUUAUGUCAUCUACUUAUACAAUAUGUGUAUCUUAUUAAUAGAUAUUUAAGUAACGUAUUGAAAAGUAUCUCGUACAUCGAUGUUAUAUCUACUAUUUUCAUUGUAAUCUAGGUCACCAAAUACACUGUGGAGGGUA